GAAGGACAGCUGCUACAAUGAGCCUGUUUCAUCUCCCUGCAUGGAUUUGAAAAUGGCUCCUAGCCACCAGCUUUAAGUGGGGGGAAGAUUGGGUUGGCGGUUUGAUUUUGGAUUGUUUUGCUGAAGGGAAGAAAAGGAGCAGUUCGGUGCAUUGUUUGGGAGUGCUUUAAUUAAUUGCAGAAGAGCAAUAACAAUAAUGGCCUAGCCUCUGGUGUGGUGCAGCUUAUUCCUCAUCAUCCUCUUUUAAGUCUGAAGUCAUCUUUCCUCAUAGGUGGAACGUCCCAAUUAUGAUAUAGCCAAGUUAAGGGGAAAUUGUUAUAGCAAGAUAAAAAGAAUGAAAAUGGGAAUUGUGGAGGAAGCACACAACGUGAAGAUUGUGGGAUCAGGCAUGCGUUUCAUAGUUUUGGCUCAUGGUUUUGGCACUGACCAAUCAGUGUGGAAACACCUUGUACCUCACCUUCUUGAGGAUUUUCGAGUUGUUCUCUAUGAUAACAUGGGAGCCGGCACCACUAACCCGGACUACUUCGAUUUCGAACGUUACUCAACUCUAGAAGGUUAUGCACAUGAUUUACUUGCCAUUUUGAAGGAGCUACAAAUCAAUUCCUGCAUCUUUGUUGGUCACUCUGUUUCUGCCAUGAUUGGUGUUAUUGCUUCUGUUUAUCGCCCUGAUAUCUUCUCUAAGAUCGUCAUGCUCUCCGCGUCCCCUAGGUAUUUGAAUGAUGCGGAUUACUAUGGAGGAUUUGAGCAGGAGGAUUUGGACCAAUUAUUCAAUGCAAUGAAGUCCAAUUACAAAGCAUGGUGCUUGGGGUGGGCCCCCCUAUGUGUGGGUGGAGACAUGGAAUCUGUGGCAGUGCAAGAGUUUAGCCGAACCUUGUUCAAUAUGAGGCCAGACAUAGCACUAAGCGUGUUGCAUACAAUUUAUCAAUGUGACAUGAGGCAAAUUCUGGGGUUUGUCACAGUACCUUGCCAUAUUAUACAGAGUAUGAAGGAUAUGGCAGUUCCGGUGGUGGUUUCAGAGUAUCUUCAUCAACACCUCGGCGGUCAGUCCAUUGUGGAGGUUAUGUCAUCAGACGGCCAUUUGCCGCAGCUGAGCUCACCUGACAUUGUUAUUCCGGUGCUUCUCAAACACAUUCAGCAUGAUAUUGCAGCUGGAUUGUAACUGAUGAUUUUGGUGUAGUAAGAUCAUCAUAUUGCAGCUUCAGGAAAAUCUCUUUCUUAUUGAUAGGAAUCGGGGAGCAUAUGCCUUGAUUUUUUCAAUAUUAGCGUCUUGUAAUGAAUUAAUCAUUAUGCCAUGAGGUGUUUAAUGGUUGAAGACUUUCUUUGUUUUGUCAAGCAAUGGAAUAUUUUUAUUUUUUAAAAU